GCCAGCGGGGCGUGGCCCGGCGUCUUUUCGUUGGGGUUUUUUCCCUUCAAGGCGGGGCCGUAAGGACUCCUCGCCCUUCUACUUCUCAGUCGCCUUUAGUUUGGGCGACUUGUGCGGCUUUUGCCGCCGCGCGCACGGUUUUAAAAAGAUAUAUUUUUUAAAAAAGUUCUGCCUUCCACCCCUUGUGCUGCCGCUAAAAGUAGUGAGCCGUCUUGGAGCCGCCAUGACCGCCCCACUCACUGGGCUGGGCUGGACUUCAGCCGCCUCCACCGCCAACGUGGCAUCCGCUGGCUGGACACCGAUCACAUCCACUGUGGAAGGAGCACCUGCUAACUUUGGAAAGGGAUUUGCACAGAAGUCUGGUUACUACCUGUGCUCUACUUCUGCUGUAACCAGUGAGAACCCCGCAGGAUAUGUGAUAUCGGAUGUGAUGAUCCUGAGUGAGAAAUUGCCACUGCCUUCUGGAUAUGUUUAUGUUAAAGAAUUUUUGGAUCCAAAAACUUCUAUCUCCAAGAAGAAGAGACUCUGUGUAAGCCUGAUUCCAUUGGGUGCAGCAGAAAUAGCUGUGUUUGACAUUUUGGUGAGCAGCAAGAGCAAAGUGGUUCAAAACUACAUGCGAAUAGGGGAAAUGAGUGGCUUUGCGCUUUGGUGUAGAAAGGAGCACGUUAUGACGCCCAAGCCCCUUCCUAAGCCACGGAAGACCGAUCUAGACAUGAAGCAGAUUUCACUAGAGCUAGACAAUGUAGACCUUCCACCCAAAAGGCCUGAGCCUCCAUUUGGUCCUAAAAGACAAGCUACCCUUAAGAGACAUGAAUCCAUCUAUGAAAGUUCAAAUGUCUAUGGUAUCUCAGCCAUGGAUGGGGUACCCUUUACCCUGCACCCAAAGUUUGAGGGCAGCAUCACUACUGGCAAUAAUGCCUUUUCCCUCUUCAAAGACUUGCAUAUCAAAUCUCUUGCUGAUAUUGAAAGAGAGUACGAUUAUGGCUUUGUAGUGGAAAGAACUGCAGCUGCCAGACUCCCACCUAGCAUCUCAUAGCAUCAGCAGGUUUUUUUUGGAAGAGUGCAUAUUCACUAUCAAGAUUCUUGCCCCAAGGGAUAGUCGACUUCACUUCAUUGUCAAGGUGAUGGAAAUGCGCUCCUGAAAGGAAUUGGCUACUUGUGGCACUGCUUUAGGAGUGGAAGCUUGUAAAAGAAACAAAAUCUUUCCUGUUGGGAACUAACAGGGUAUCCUGCACUAUAUUUCACUACUGCUAUGAGCCAACUAUUUGUGUAUUUUUCUCAGAAUGGGUGUGCCAUAUAGUUUUUUAUGCAAAGCACUAUUUUAUAUUUUAAAAAUGGGCAAAUCUGUCCAUAUACAUAUUUGUGGCUCUUAUGUUUUGGCUUUGACUGUGCACAGCAAGUUUACAGGAAGAAAGCAUAGCUUAAUAGUUCUGUACAACAAAUUAGCAGAAGGUGAAGCAAGCACAUGUCUUGGAACAAUUUUAGGACCAAAUCUCAUCAAGGCUAAGUAGGAAAGAUCAAGGACUUGAGUUACCAAGAAGAAGAAGAUGUGGACCAUUUUUCAAAAUGCAUUGAUUGCCAUUUAAUUACCAAAUCCCAUGACCACCUUUCCAGGAGUAUUGGGGCAGUAGAAAAAAAAUCAAGCUGUCAUGUCUGGGAAACAUGUGAACAUGAGUGUAGCCCCCCACAUACAGCUGUUGUUGUUUCCAAAAUAGCACAAUGGAAGCUGUCUGCCAGCACCAAACUGGAGUAAAAGGCCCACCCACUGUCAAAAGAAUAAAUAUUCCUCUUGCAA